AUGUGCAAAAAGCUUCAUGCCACUGAUUUUAAUGAUCGACGGGAGGUGGAAUUUUUUGGAGGGCAACCUAUAGGUCCAACCAAGGAGGUUGUAUCUAACCUCAACCAACUUUUGGGCACAACAGUUAGAAAUCCUCGUUUUGUGACUUUGCUAUAUACUAGUUGGCAUGGUGUGCCUAAAAACAUCAAAGAGGACAUGUGGGAGUAUGCCAAUCAAAAAUUCAUUCUUCCAAUAACUUCAAAGCCAUGGGUAAUGAAGGGAUUUUGUCGUGCAUGGAAAAAAUACAAAGGCGAAAUAAAAAAGGAACAUUUCUUGAAGUACAACACAAAGAAAGAAAUGAUAAAGAACCGACCGUUAGAGAUCCCUGAGGUUCAAUUUCGCAAACUAAUUCGGUAUUGGAGUCUUCCGACUGUCAAGGCUGUGUCUACUAAAAAUGCUGAAAAUAGGUCAAAGCAAACAUGUCCUCACCGGAUGGGUUCCACAAAUUUUGGAAUAGUGCGCAAGCAGCUGCGCGACUCUAAAGAGAAUAGUGAAGAACCAUCAAGAGUUGAAGUUUUCAUAGCAACUCGCACAAGUAAAAAAGGAAAAGAAAUUGAUGCUAAAACACAAAGCACAAUUGCUGAACUUCAAACCCGAAUAGAGGCAGGGAAAAAUGAUGAGGAUGCAUUUGUAGGAGUGCUAGGAAAUGACCAACCAGGUCGAGUUCGUUGUUAUGGGGCUUCGAUUACAAGAAGCUCUCUUAAAAAGGAUGAGGAGAUUCGACAAGUCAAAGUUGAAUACAACAACAAGGUUGAAUCAUUAGAGAAGAAGAUGGACGGUGUAUGCAGUUUACUAAAAGUAUUGGUGCACCAAGUCAACCCUGGAAUGAGUGAGGAAGAGGUAGCAGCCUUAGUGCAAGCUGCCCAAAAUUCUCCUUUGGAUGCCUCAAGUAGCAGACCAAGAAAUACUCCUCGAAGCUCAGAAUCAACUCAUAUUCCACCCAAAGAUACUCCAGAAGGAAUUAAUGGCUCUCAUGGUAUAUUUCAUUUUGCUUGA